AUGUUUGAAGUCUUAGAAGACGUUGCUGGGAUUAAUGAUGACAAUGAAAUGUUGGAUGAGACGCAUGUGGAUCUAGAAGAUGCACAGUACGAUGAAUUUAAGGAUCUACUUUCUGAGCUCCAGUUACCUUCUUCUCAUUAUGAGUCGAAGAAGCUCAUGAGUAAACUUGGACUGGGUUACGAAACAAUUCAUGUCUGGGAGUACGAUUGUGCUUUGUUUUGGAAGGAGAACGCUGAUUUACAAAUGUGUCCCUUGAAGCAUCUGUUCGGUUCUCAUCACACAGCUAAAGAUAUGACGUGGCACCAGCGUGGGCAUUCAAAUGAUGAGGAUUUAAUGCGUCAUCCAGUCGAUGGUAAUGAAUGGAAGGAGAUAGAUGAAAAGUAUCAUGAGUUUUCACGUGAGCUGAGAAAUGUUCGCUUGGGGUUGGCCGUUGAUGGUUUCAAUCCGUUCAGGAACAUGAGACUCUUAUACAGUAUGUGGCCCGUGGUUUUAACGACCUACAAUUUACCUCUGUGGUUAUGCACUAAGGAUCCUUAUAAGAUGUUGACAUUGUUGAUUUCUGGCCCAAAUGCACCCGGAAAGGAUAUGGAUAUGUGGGCCAUGUUGCUCAUGGUAGUUAAUGAUUUUCCUACUUGUAGUAUUUUAUCUGGAUGGAGUGGUCAAGGCUAUUUAGCAUGGCCAACUUGCAACGAUUCAACCUCUUCAAAGCAGAUAACAAGUAAGACUUGUUUUGUUGGCCAUCGGCAAUGGCUUCCUAUUAAAAAUGGGGUGAGAAAAACUAAAAAGUUUGAUGGUAAGGUUGAAAAACUACCUCCACCAGCUCGAAAAUCUGUUCACCAAAUCUUAGCUCAGUUACAAAAUGUGUCCCUCAGAUUACCUGGUAAACAUGAAAAGUAUGGUGGUAAGAAGCGAAAAAGACAUGCAAGCGAGCUUAAUUGGACAAAGAAGAGUAUCUUUUGGGAGUUACGUUAUUGGAAGUCAUUGUCGUUACGUCAUAACUUAGAUGUCUUGCAUAUUGAGAAGAAUGUAUGCGAUAGCUUAUUAGGCACAAUUCUAGACAUUGACAAAAAAAGUAAGGACACGGACAAGGCGAGAAUCGAUUUGCAACAUAUGGGGGUGCUCAAGGAGUUGCAUUUGUACAAAGACGGUGAUCGUUGGAUGAAACCACAUGCAUCUUAUACACUAUCUCCAAACGAUGUUAUACACUUGCCUGGAGAAGCCACUCGAGGAGGACCAGUUCACUUAAGAUGGAUGUAUCCGUUUGAACGUUUUCUUGGAUCGUUAAAGAAAUAUGUCAAGAAUCGUGCAUGUCCUGAAGGUUCAAUUGCUGAGGCAUACAUUGUGAAUGAAGCUUUGACUUUUUGUUCAUUGUAUUUAACUGGAGUUGAAACACGGUUUAACCAACUGGCCAGAAAUUGGGUAGACGAUGAAGAUCGUACUGUUAAAAAGAUUUCUGUAUUCGAAACUCGCUGUCGGACAAUUGGGAAGAUGACCCCCAUCACUUUGGAUACUAAUUUGCGAGAGAAAGCCGAGUGGUACGUACUACAGAACUGUCCAAAAAUUCAGCAGUUCAUUGAGUAA